AAGAGGCGGCGGAGGAGGAGGAAGAGGAAGAGCAGGAGCAGGAGCAGGAGCAGGAGGAGGAGGAGGAGGAUACCUUCAAUCCGACACAAGUCCUCAUGACGCGGUAGCGGCAGACAGCUGGAUAAGAGCUCAGUUUCUAGGUAAAAAUGGCAGUGGAGAAACGCUUGGCAUUCUCUAUCGUGCAGUUCCUACGAGAUCAAACACAUUGCGGCGCUUUGAAUUCUGAUGAGCAGGAGAGCCUGGAAGUUGCGAUACAGUGUUUGGAGACCACCUUUAAGAUCAGCUCCAGCGACUGCCAUCUUGCUGUGCCACAGCCUCUGACAGAGAUAUUCCUCAAUUCCCUGCUCAAGAAUGACAACCUCACCAUGCCAGAGACCUCCCCAACCCCAGAAGACAUCGAGCGAGCCGAGCAGCUUAAGAAUGAAGGGAACAAUCAUAUGAAGGAAGAGAACUACAGAUGUGCGGUGGAGUGCUACACGAAGGCCAUUGAUCUGGACCUAAGAAACGCUGUGUACUACUGCAAUAGGGCCGCAGCUCACAGUAAACUGGGAAAUUAUACGGAGGCAACUGGUGACUGCGAGAGAGCCAUCGGGAUCGAUCCUACCUACAGUAAAGCUUACGGACGGAUGGGGUUGGCUUUGACAGCCAUGAACAAGUAUCCAGAGGCAAUCUCUUACUUUAAGAAAGCUCUGGUGUUAGACCCCGAGAAUGACACCUACAAAUCCAACCUGAAGAUUGCAGAGCAGAAGCAAAAAGAAGCAACCAGCCCAAUAGCAGCUGGACUGGGAUUUGACAUGGCUAGUUUAAUCAACAACCCUGCCUUCAUUAGCAUGGCUGCGAGCGUGAUGCAGAACCAACAAGUGCAACAGCUGAUGUCAGGAAUGAUGUCCAACGCAGUCGGGGGUCCAGCAGCAGGUGUGGGCGGACUGUCAGACAUUUCCAGCUUGAUUGAAGCGAAGGGCAACCAUAUGGCGCGAUUACAAUCUCUACACCCAUUUCUUAAAGUCCCCGGCAGAGCUGGAAUGAAGAGACGAGGAUGGGGUCGAAGGCACUUUACUGUAACUCAAGGCUCUGUAGUGGAGAGACGAGGGGCCUGGAGACCGGACCACGAAAUGACGCAUCCCACAUAUACAGGGCAAAACAUAUUGUGAACACCUAAUCAUAAAAAAGAGCCAAGAACGCGUUCAGCCUACUGACAGGACAUGAGUAAAUUCUUUCCUCAGAGCUUUUACUGCAGAGACCGUGUUUUAUAUGCGCUGAAAAUACUGCCCUCGUCAUGUUAUGAGUUAAGGAUCCUUCUGUCUAGUCGUGAUAAAUAGAGGGUAGGGGAGGAAUGUACUUUUACAGCAUUGCAGGGACCAUCUCAGCUUUUUCUCACACAAUACACAUAGGACAUCAGGUUUAGCUUGUUUAUAUUGCAUCUUGUGUAAUAUUAUUUUUGUAGACGGAACACGCUCUCACUUGUGUAUUGGGUGAUAUAGGCCACUCGGUCCUUGAUCAUGUAGGACUCUCAUCACUGCUUUUCAAUGACUACUACUUAACUUUUGAUUAAGACAACUGUGUUAUUGUAUAGCAGUGUUUGCAGCCUGCAUUAUGUUGUUAUUGCACUUUAGCAAAACUAACUGUCCCCCCUUUAAGCCUAUUUAAUUGUUCGUUAACUAGUAACAACAUAUUCAGAUUGUUCAUUUUGCAUGCUCUUACAUCUGGUAUUUGAGAUCAGAUGCUUUACGGAAACAAAUAGGUAUGCUAGGGCAGCACAAUGUUUUGUUUCAAACCUGCAAAUAAA